UCUCACAGGCAGAGAAGACUGCAAAGCCCCAGAAGAAACGGGCGAGUAGUCAUUUCUUCUACCUGUGCUGGGAAUUCUGAAAUGGUGGAGAGCAAACGGAAAGCACUUAUUGAUCAGCGCCAUCUAGAGACUUACUACAGAGUUCACCGCUUGAAAGACGUGCUGUCACAUCAGUAUGCCACAUUACUGAGAGAAAAGGUCCAGAGACAAAGGCAAGAGAUGAAUCACAAUGAUCCAGACGAAUCCAAAGUUAUGGAAGGACAUAAAGAGAAGAAGAGAGCAACCAUUCAGAGGUUCACCAGGUCAACCCUCACCCAUGAUGACACAUACUUGAGGGCUCUACCUAAAACACGCCACUACCUGAUUCUGGAACUGCAGAGACAGCUGACCCGACUCAGGUGUCUCAAGAGCCGUAAGGAGCAGGAGGUGUUCAGGGUCUGGGUGGAGCAACAUAGAAGCACAUAUGAACUAGAGAAGCAACUGCAGGCAAUGGAGCUCCAUAGUAAUUCUAGUCGAUGUGUGACUCUUGAGAGUUUAUUGAAGCAGAGGUCUGGAACUCCACCAAAACUUCAGAUUUCACCUGAUGACACCACAGCACAACACGAGCACAUGCCAGUCUCAGUAAGAGGCAGUGGAGGGGGUGCCAACUCAUGCCAACUCCAGGGCAAACAGAGCUGGGGACAGAGUGAGACUGAGCUCAUGUUUCCAGAGGUCUUCACCCAAGAGAUUAAAGUACCAAAAUUUUCCUCUCUGCACUCCACCUUUUUAGAAAAGUUCAGCACCAGCAUGCUUCUUGUGAGAAGCCAUGAGCCACCAAUCAAGUCAAAGACCACUGGCAUAACCCAACACAAACUGAGACUUAUGCACAACCUCUCGCUCUCUCACAAGGCUGACACCCAAAGAAUAAUGGCCAAAAAUGGACUCAGUCUGCAAAUCACAGAUGGAUUCAGCAUCAAAGAAUUGAUGGAGUAUGAUUGUACGUACAACGUCAAAAGUCAGAAGUCCAGGUGUUCCACAGAGCCAGACCUCACACAUCUGUCUCUGAGAGAUAAUGCUACAUCUGAGAGUCCACAAUCCAUUAAUGGAGAUCCAACUACAAAGAUCUUAAGCCUUCAGUCUGCUGAGCAAAGGACAGAAGACUCACCCUCCAGUUUUACUAGAGAUACACAGUCAUCAUACACAGAGGUGCCUUUAUGCAUAGACGACCUGUUUGCUUGUCAUGCUAUUGAGGUGGAAAGCUCUGACACAAAGAUGUGGACAAAUUAUAAUGAAGUUGAAACCACUUUAAACCCAGUCCUGUGAUUAUAAGAGUGAAUACAAGGAUGCUGUUGUCUUCAUUAUCCUUUACAUUUCUAUUCAUUUUUGUUUUUAAUUUAAUAAUAUAAGUGUAGAAGCAUGUCUUGAUAAAACAUUUUUCACACUCUGACUAGUUUUUUAAUGGUGUUACUAACAAUGUCCAACAGUGUGUGUGCAUGCAUCACAUAAAAUGUAUGUCAUUGUUUGUCAUUUUUUCUGAAAGUCAUGAAAAUUCUCAUUACAGUGUGAUUUCCAGCACAUCUCAAAUUCUGUGUUAUGUUUAAUAGAAUUCUGUACUGGAAAAGACGCUGAUGAAAAUGAUAUUUUUUAUGUUUUUGAAAAAAAUGUCCGACUCUUUUGUCUUUGUAAGGCUAAUUUUAUAGCUAACAUAUGUAUCCUAAAUAUACACAAUUAAAUAAUAUUUUCACACUUUUUGCAUAAUUACAGCUUGAUUGGAAAUGACGCCCAAUAGAAAUAAUCUGCUUACAAGUGAUAUUUACCUUGAUUCUCAUAUUUCAUUUCAAGCUUGCUCUUUACUGACACUUUUGUGGACUUGGUUAACUAGCUUUUGAAAAACACUUUAUUAGGGACAAGAUUGAUUGGUUUGGUGGAAAUGACUUCACAACUAUGGGACAGUUGUAAUUAAAAAAAAUAUUUAGAAAUCAUUUUCACACGAUAAAUAUUUAAAUUGUUUAUGUUUAUUUUGCUCUUUGUUUAGAUUAUCAUACUUUAAAAAAAAAAAAAAAUAAUAAUAAUAAUAAUAAUAAUA